AUGCUAUAUGCUGUUGUCGAAGCUUUUCAUAAACUAGGUUUACCGCGAACCAAGAAUGAUGAUUUCUAUGACCGACUUAGUCGAAGAUAUUCGAUGAUCCUCACGGGUGUUUGUUUCAUCAUAAUAACUUCGACAAAUUUUGUUGGAAAUCCCAUUCACUGUUUUACACAAAUGGUUGAUAGUCAAUAUAAAGUCGAUUAUGUCAAUUGGGUCUGCUGGAUUAGUUCGUCAUACUACUUACCAUUCGAUAAACCCUUGCCAAAUCGAAAUCAAGAACGACCAGAGAGAAUUCCGUAUUAUCAGUGGGUACCGUUCAUUCUAUUCACAAUGAUGAUACUGUUCUAUAUUCCGGGAUUUAUCUGGCGAAAAUUGAAUCGAAGCUGUGGUAUCGACACCAAAGUGAUUACAAAUAGUAUGCUUGAAAUGGACCCAUUAAAUAGCGAACAGCGAAAAGAAGCGAUGUCGUCAUUGGCGAAACAUAUUGAUCGAGCUUUGACUUACCAUCGAGAGUAUCAUCAUGGAUUUAUAUACAGUACGUGGAAGCGAUUUUCGUGCUUAUUAUGUUGUACAGUCGGUCGACGUUCGGGAAAUUAUUUAGCUUUUGGUUAUAUUAUUGUUAAACUACUUUAUAUUGCUAAUGCUGUUGGUCAAUUGUUUCUUUUGAAUGUUUUUCUUGGUAAUGGAUUCCAAUGGUAUGGACUGGAAAUACUGAAGAAAUGGUUCUAUGGACAAGAAAUCGAAGCUGUUGAACGUUUUCCUCGUAUCACAAUGUGCAGAUUUAUUUUAAGAACGUUAGGAGAUAAUAUUCAGCCGUAUGAUGUUCAAUGUUUAUUACCAAACAAUAUCUACAAUGAGAAAAUCUUUCUAUUCCUUUGGUUUUGGUUGGCAUUUGUUGCAGCUGCAUCAAUCUACGGUUUAUUGAAAUGGUUUCAUUAUUUUACAUUGAAAUCACGAAAGGAUUUUAUUCGUUGUUUUCUCAAAGCAAAUGGAGUUGAUUACUAUUCGGAAAAUAUAAACAAUUAUGACAUCGAACUGCUCCGAACGUUUGUUGACAGCUAUUGUCGACAGGACGGAAUCCUAUUAUUACGUAUCAUCACAGCGAAUAUGAACAACGUCCUUGUUGGUGAACUUAUUUGUACUCUGUGGGAGAAUUGGCAACUACAACGAAAGAUUCAUAUCAACAGUUUAUCUCAACACAUUGAACAUCGUCGAGGAAAAUUAUUGGACGAUCAUGAUGAUAGUAAUAAUUCGACAUUAGUAGAAUCCAAAACAGGAACAUUAACUGUUCAUGAUGAUCGAUAUCCGUAUACAACUAGCAAUCAAGCUUUCGCAGCUGAACAGCGUCAAUUGUUGAUCGUCAUUCUUUUUCAUCUGCCAAUUAGUACAAAAAAAUGUCUGAAAGAAGAAAUUCAUAAAGACACGAUCGUUACCGGUGAUUAUGAUAUCACUUCUGUACCUGGUUUUCCUACUCAUCUUCAAGUAAAAGAUACCAAAGGGCAUACUCUCUACAACAAGGAAGAUGCCGUCAAAGGCAAUUUUGCGUUCACAACGGAAGAGUACGAUAUUUUUGAUAUUUGCGUUGAAACAAAAUUACCUCCUGGUCAACAGAAACAUCAUCUAUCAGGUUUCCAAGCAUCCAAAGAAGUUAAUAUUAAAAUCAAACACGGCGUGGAAACCAAAGAUUACGAUGCGUUAGCAAAAGCCAACAAACUCAAACCGUUAGAGGUUGAAUUGAAUCGUCUGGAAGACUUGUCAUCUGCAAUCGUGUCCGAUUUUGCAUAUAUGAAAGAACGUGAAGAAGAAAUGCGUAAUACAAAUGAAUCUACCAAUAAUAAAGUUCUUUAUUUCUCAAUUUUCUCGAUGAUUUGCCUCAUGAGCUUAGCCAUUUGGCAAGUCCUCUAUUUACGACGUUAUUUCAAAGCAAAAAAACUUAUCGAUUAA